AUGCCGUCCGGACGCCCAUCACGGCGUGCCAAGCAGCAGGCUGUUGUGGAAAUGGAAGAACCAGAGCAGCCAUCAGAACCAUCAGUCCUAGAAAAUGACUCUGACAGUGACUUUGAAGAACCAAAAACUAGAGGCAAGAGAAAGAAGAAAGAUGAUUCAACACAGGCUGCCAAGCGUAAGAGGGUAGACUCUCAUGCAAAAGCCAGACGUGCCCAGCAGGACAGCCUGUUGCUGGGAGAUGGAAGUCUCUUUGAGACGGUCAAGGCUGGGAAAGCAUCACUACAAGCUGUUGUUGAUGAUUGGAUUGAAGGCUACAAACUGGAUAGGAAUGCUGCUCUGCUGGAACUUAUCCAGUUCUUUAUCCAGUGCUCUGGAUGUAAAGGAAAGAUAACUCCGCAUAUGUAUGCUAACAUGGAACAUGCAGAGAUCAUCCGUAAGAUGACAGAGGAGUUUGAUGAGGAAAGUGGUGACUACCCUCUCAUCAUGACUGGCCCCCAGUGGAAGAAGUUCAAAUCCUCGUAUUGUGAGUUUGUGCAGGUUCUGGUCCGACAGUGUCAGUACAGCAUCAUCUAUGACCAGUACAUGAUGGACAAUGUCAUUUCUUUGCUGACCGGUUUGACCGACUCUCAGGUGCGAGCUUUUCGACACACCAGCACCCUUGCAGCAAUGAAACUGAUGACAGCCUUGGUGGAUGUGGCCUUGAACUUAAGUAUCAACCUGGAUAACACCCAGAGGCAGUACGAAUCCGAGCGAGCCAAACAACAGAGCAAGAGAGCUGGAGACCGUCUGGACUUGCUGAUGCAGAAACGACAAGAGUUGGAAGAAAACCAGGCUGAGAUUCGGAACAUGUUAACUUACAUCUUCAAGGGUGUGUUUGUUCAUAGAUACAGAGACACACAGCCAGAGAUCCGCUCUAUCUGCAUGGCAGAGAUCGGUGUGUGGAUGAAGAAAUACCCCAAUAUGUUUCUGGAUGAUAGUUACCUGAAGUAUGUCGGCUGGACAUUGUAUGACAAGGUUGGCGAUGUGAGACUCUGUUGUUUGAAGACCUUGGCCCCUCUGCAUGAGACGCCCGACUUGUCGGGGAAAUUGGAGCUGUUUACAAACAGGUUUAAGGACCGAAUUGUUGAGAUGACCUUGGACAAAGAGUAUGAUGUGGCUGUACAAGCAAUAAGAUUAGUCAUUUGUGUUCUCAAGUACAGUGAAAAUGUCCUGUCAGACAAGGACUGCGAGAAUGUCUACGAGCUAGUGUACUCAUCAAACCGGCAAGUCGCACAGGCGGCUGGAGAUUUCCUGAAUCACAAACUCUUCCGGCGAGAUGAUGAGGCUCCGCCUGUUCGUUCUGCGAAGGGAAAGAAAAGAAGUGCAAAUACGCCAUUGGUUAGAGACUUGGUGCAGUUCUUUAUUGAAAGUGAGCUUCACGAACAUGCUGCAUAUUUGGUGGACAGUCUGUGGGAGAUCAAUGAGAUGAUGAAGGAUUGGGAGUGUAUGACAGAUCUUCUACUCGAAGAACCUGGUAAAGGAGAAGAAGCACUUGAUGACAGGCAAGAAACUAGUCUCAUCGAAAUUAUGGUCUGCUGUGUCAAACAGGCGGCCACAGGGGAGUCCCCUGUUGGCAGAGGUCCUAGCAGAAAGUUGUCAGCCAAGGAAGCCAAACAAGUUUCAGAAGAUAAACAGAAACUGACCGAGCAUUUUAUUGUCACGCUGCCCCAGUUGUUGCUGAAGUAUUUGAUGGAUCAGGAGAAAGUGGCCAAUUUGCUGCAGAUUCCACUGUUCUUUGACCUUGACAUCUACACGUCUGGUAGGCAGGAGAAGAAUCUGGAGUUGCUAUUGCGUUACAUCAAUGACAUUGUGGAGAAACACACAGGAUCUGAGGUGCUAGAGGCCUGUUCCAAGUGUCUGGAGUGUCUGUGCAACGAGGAGUUUGCCAUUGCCAGCAAGUGUGAGGUCAGCAAGAAGACACUGAUAGAUGCCCUGGUCAUCAAACUGAAACAAGCUGUGCAGGACUACUUCACUGAGGGUGACACACCAGACGAGGAUGAAACUUUUGCCCUCCUGGCAAGUCUCAAGAGGAUGUAUGCAUUUUAUUCAUGCCAUGAUCUGACAAACUGGGAGGUAUGGGACGAUCUGUUUCUGGUGGUGAAGUCAGCCACAGACAAAGCCAGCAUACCUGAAGAGAUUAUUGUGCGUGCAAUCCAGGUUUGCGCAUCAGCCAUCUUGUUUUAUAUCAACCGCAUUGAUGACACAAAACCUCGGCCGGAUGAAAUGAAGAGACUGAGAAAGAAGCUGUCACAUCUGAUGUCAUGCUGCCAUGAGCUGAUGUUCCACGAGAGUGAGAAAGUCAAGGAGGAAGCAUUUACUACUAUCUGUGACUUGCUGAUUGUGUUCAGCCCUAGUGUGGGAGAAAGUAACCCACUGAUGAGACCCAUUGUGUAUGACGUGGAACCCAAACUCACCGCCCAUCUCAGCGAUUUUCUCAUGACUAAAGUGUUUAUUGAGGAUGAUGAUGAAGACAUGGAUGAAAAUGUGAAGAUUGAAGAGCUACACAAGCGAAGAAACUUCCUGGCAAGUUUCUGUAAGCUGGUUAUCUACAAUGUCAUACACAUUAAAGCUGCAGCAACCAUGUUCAAAUAUUAUAUGAAGUUCUAUAAUGAUUAUGGUGACAUAAUCAAGUUCACGCUGAGUAAAGCUAGAGAGAUCAACAAGGUGACAACAUCCAAGACCCUGGCCAUCAGUCUACAACAGCUGUUCAAAGAGCUUCAGGCAGAACAAAGUGAGGUGGAUCGUUCAUCCGAUGCCUUCCAGUCCAUCAAGGAACUGUGUCGAAGAUUUGCGUUGUCCUUUGGGCUGGAUCAGAUUAAAAACCGCGAGGCAGUGGCCACUAUGCAUACUGAGGGAAUUCAGUUCAGUUUGAGCCCGUUUGAAAACCCAGACAAAGGCCCCAAUGCUGCUCCUCCCAACUUAGCCUUCCUAGAAGUCCUGUGUGAGUUCACCAACAAGCUCAUGAAGCAGGACAAGAGGACAGUUGUCAAUUACCUGGAUAAGCAGGUCGAAGGUCGCAUUCCCCAGAAUCGCGGUGAUGACUGGCAGCCAUUCUUCACCUACAGGAACAGUUUAAUGCAGGGAGAGGCUGACUGGAACCCCAUCACCCUGAAACAGGCGGCACAGAAACGCUAUGCCAAGAAGGCUCGCCAUGACACCUCAUCUGACACCAGCUAUGAACCACAGACCCCUGGCCCAAUGAGCGCCCUGCCCAUGACCUCAACCGCCAUCAAGCGAGGACACCACCACGAACCCGAUGAUGACUCCAACAUGGGGUCCGAACAGGACUUUGAUGAUUCUGCUAGAGCCACUCAAGGAAGCUGGAGGAACAAGCAGCCUCAGCACCAGCCGGAGCAACAAAACCUGAGGAGGUCUGAUCGUAACAGACACACCACAGUCAC